CGGUACCGGUAGAAUAAAUAUCAAAGUGAUACUUAUGAAGACUUUUUCAGCGUUACGGCGUGUUGGAAAAAAAAAAAAGGAAAUGUUGCUGAAGUUCUUACUAGUACUGUAAUGUACGGUACCUUGCCGUGGUGAAGUGUACCUCCGAGAUAACUGGAUGCACGAACGAAGAAUGAAUCAUAAAAGUUGAUCAAGAAUAAUGAUGCGCUGGAGCGACUGUAAUGAAUCCACUUGCCAGUACUGUUCGGAGGAGCCAUAGCAGCAGCCCUGAUAGAAUUGGGAGAGAAUCAAAAACCGAAGCAGACGAGACCUCUAUCAUCGACAACACCGGCAACAUAAUAGGUGGUUCCAGCGAAAACGAGAGAAAGAACGACCGCUCCGAAGAGGAGGAGCACAACAAAACCGAGAACAACCACUUUGAGACGAUGAAUCGCGAUAGCGAGGAACGAAGCGGUGAAUUUAGCGCAGGUGAUAACAGCGCGACCAGUUACAACCACGAAGAAGACCGAGAUGACGGCACAAACCCCGACUGUCCGUUUCACAACAGCUCGAGCAACACCGUGAAUUCAAGCACGACGAGCCAAACUUCCUCCACCGGAAGCCGGAAGUCCCGGCGAUCCGGACCACGGAACGACAAGACAAUCUUCCGGACGUUCGAUCCGAUGCAAGUCAUCACCCCAGAACAAUUGGAGGGCUUUUCGCUUUUGGUGACCACGCCGAUUUGGAUCUUCGAUUUCAUAGAACGGAGAAACCGAUAUGCCAAUCCGGCUGGAUUGGAUUUAUGGAGUGCGCCGUCUCUGGAGGAAUUUUUGAACCGAAAGAUGAACGACAUGUCUGCGGCAUCUGUGGCUAGAACACAAGAGUGCCAAAAUCGCGUGGAACGUGCCCAGGUUGUCCAGGAUAUGUGGACUUUCUUCCCGAAAGGGAAAGCGCGAACGGUACAAAUGACCAUGACGGCUGUUCGAUUGUCUGCCGACGAGGAUCAUUGUUCGAUUCUCGUCGUAGCAAACAUGACCACCGCCUCGUCGAGUGCAAGCAGCUCCAGCUUCGGGGCCAGUAAGAGUAGCAUUUCCUCCGCGAGUAGCAGUGUCCACAGCGCUAGUAAUGCGAAAACCAGUGCAACCGUAACUACAGCCUCGGCAUCGGUGUCUACUCUUGCAUCAACAUCCGUAUUGGAACCAUCCAGAGAUUCAUCUUCAAAACAAAGUUUGAGUUUUUCUACAACUACCGUAAGCGCGAAAAAAACAAUUGAUCCUAAUGAAGAACUAGAUGUCAAUACUACCAAUACGUCCUGUAAAUCGAACGGGAACAUCGACAUAUUGUCUGAAAAGGAGGAAACGAAGGAGGAAAAGCAAGUCGGAGAAGACACAGAUGGCAAUAACCGACAUGAAGAAAAGGACGCGGAGGAGGAUUUUUGCGAUCCUCAAGACGACGACACUAUACCGAUGAAUCAUAUUCUAGAACCAGACAGUCAUGCCUCAAUGAAUCAUCAUCAUAUGACAGGGAUUGACGAGGACAAUCCCGUUAACCAAGAAAUUCUGCGUGGAGUCGAAAUUAUACGCCAUCUUCCCAUGGCAGUUUGCCAAUUUGAUAUGAAGGGGAGAGUCAUGUUCCAGAAUCCAGCAGCUUACCUUCCGGCCCUUGAUGACGAAGAGGAGAAGCAAAACGAAAACGAUGACGACGAGGAAUCGUUGCUGCACGACAUGGAUACCGACGACGAAUCCGGAUUCUAUGAGCAACUAUUCGAUCCACAGUACGGAGGUUUAUCGUCAAACAAUGGCAGGGGGAACUUUAUGGAUCGCUUCGUGAACAAGAAGGUUGCUCGAGAGCUUCUCGAAGGCCUGCAAGACGCUCCGAAAAAAGGACUACUGCUAGGUACCAUUUCAAGCACAACGUACAAUACGACAACCGUCAGCAUCGAAGCCGAACUCCACACGUCUACAAAGGGCCGAACGCAAUGGUGUGCAAUACAACUGCGCAAAACCAAGGACCCAGUGACAUCUCGACCUGUCAUACUAUACAGUGCCCAAGAUAAAUCUGACGCGAUGGAGGCCAAACGUGAACGCGAAGCCCGUUUGCAGAAAUCCGAAUUCCUUGCAAUCAUGGCCCACGAAAUUCGAACGCCGUUGCAUCAAGUCACUGGUUUCAUCGAUCUUUUAGAGCUUGAUGCAUGCAGCAAUAUCACCACAGCGUCUUCCGCCGGUGCGAUGAAAACAAAUAGCAAAACCUCUUCUUUCGACGGAACCGAUUCCAGUAUCCGAAACGCCAUAUUCCCGCACAUUACGAUUGACAAUACAAUGGGAAGAAAGGUUAGGAGCACCAGUAUGAUAGAUGCAAGACAACCAAGAUCGUCCUGGCCAGCUUCUGGUAAUCCCCAUCAACCAAUCGGAAAUCUAACUGGCGAGCAAAGGAAUUAUAUCAAGCUACUGAAGUCCAGCGCGAACCAGCUCRUGACAGUGAUUAGCGAUGUUCUAGACUACAGCAAAUUGGAGGCGGGUAAAAUGAAGAUAGAACGUAUACCCUUCGAGCUACUCAGUGUAGUUCAAGGAUCGAUGGAAGCGGUACGUGGAAGUUGUGAAGAAAAAGGACUGACUUUGACUUUGGAAUACGGGGGCUCUGAUGACAACGACGAGGACGAAGAAGGGAAUGGUGAAGACGAGACUAUUGGCAAUCGCCUUGACAAUCUCGGAGUCGAUAGUCCUUCAAUCGAUCUAAGGAAGCAAUUUCGUCGACGGAGCAGCAUUGAUAAAUCGAGUUCAUUCUAUCUUCCACCUAGACGAAAGAAAAUCGGCAGAACCCACAGUUUUGGUAGACAAAAGAGCAAAGAUAAGAGCCAUCCUAAUAUUAGGACCAACAACAUUCCAUUCCGAAUUCUGGGGGACCCAAACCGAUUGCGCCAGGUGUUACUCAACCUUUUGUCAAAUGCUAUCAAAUUCACGGAAAAGGGGGGAAUACAUGUUCGAGUGUCUUCUUCUACAAAGAAAUGGGCUCCCCCGGCCACAAGGGCGGCAACCACAAGACACAAAAAUAGCAGCAUAUCUCCACAUUCAAAUGGAAAAUUAUCAUUGUCGACGUCCUCGUCAUCGACUGUAAAAAGAAAAGAGGAAGGAAAGGCAGAGAUGUUGGGGGACGCUGUCGAUUCGAUGAAAUGGAACAGCACAGCAGACAAUGUGAAUUCUCGUCCACGCUGCCUGAAAAUAGUUGUCAGCGAUACGGGAAUGGGGAUAAGCAAAGAGCAACAAGACACAAUUUUUGAAAAGUACCAACAGGCCAAUUUGUCGGUCGCUCGCAACUUUGGUGGAACUGGUUUGGGGCUUUCCAUUUGCAAAUUACUGGUUGAAGACACCAUGGGUGGCUCGAUUGGCGUAGAUAGUGAUGAGUCACGAGGUUCGUCAUUUUACAUUACCCUGCCUAUUGAAGUUCCAAGAGAAACGAACGACGAGGCAAGUGGCUGUGCGAUCGGAGGAAAAGAUAGUGAAGAGGUCGGUGCAUCAAUGAAAAUACUUGUUGCAGAAGACAACAAGAUCAACCAAAAACUCGUCGCUAAUAUGUUAAAACGAAUGGGCCAUCGGUCGAUCUUGGUUGACGACGGUCGACAGGCCAUUGAUAUGAUUGAAAAGCAAAACUCGCAGAACCAACGCCCAUUUGACGCAGUUUUGAUGGACAUUCAGAUGCCCGUUAUGGAUGGGUUGGAAGCGACGAGGCGAUUGAGGACUAUGGGAUACACAGACUUGCCGAUUGUCGGUCUCACUGCUAGUGUAAAACGUUCCGAUUAUGUAGAACUUGGCUUCAAUGAUUGGUUGCCCAAACCGAUCUUGAUGAAAGAUCUGAAAGCAAAACUGCUGAAGUUACACAGUGACCAUUCGGAGGACAGCGACGAAUCGUCAUCAAAAGUGCAAGUGUGAGGGCUGAAACCAGCAGCAGCGAUAAAAUAGUAUCAGCAGGAUGGUUCAUACAAAUGGAUUACAACGUUACUACUUAAUCGGACUUUUUAACAGUAUGGUUAUAGGAGAUAUUUUUCCCUA